AUGAGCGCGCCGCCACCACCUCCGCCGCAUGGCGAGGUGCCCAAGUCGUCGGGUUCGGGUCUGCCUCCAGGGAAUUACGACAUAUUCGUCAUUCCCCAGCACUCGUCAGGCUCUGGCUUUCUGUACCUGCCGUCGAUGCAACCGAACGUCAAUAGUUUCGUGGCAGGCUUUGCCUCCGCGCUGAUAUGUGUUGCCCUGUUCCAAGCCGUGGCACCGGCCGUGAAGCUGUGGAUUAAUGGCUCCAGCAUAGGAGGCGAUAAAGGCCAAGGCGGAGGAUUCGGUAACGGACAUGGGCCUCACGGCGCAAAUGGCGGACACGGUGGCUUCGGAGGCCCAAACUCGGGAGGGCGAGCAGACCCCAAUGCGCCGCCUCCACCCCCUCCUCACGGUCGUUCUGCCGAUGGGGCACCUCCUCCUCCACGCCAUGAUCGAUCACAGGGAACCUGGAAGAAUGCGGAUGCCCAACCUGAAGAGACACCGCGGCCGCCUAAGCAUGGAUCUGAGCCGGCCUCGUCGCCUUCUCACCGCUCACCAUCUCAAAAAGGCCCACCACCUCCAACCCCCAAAUCACCACUGGACACCGAGAAGCAACGCCAGCGCCAGCCUGCGCCAUCGGAGGAAAAGCCGGCUCCUGAGGUAGAGAAGCCAAAGAAGAAGAAGAAGAAGGCACCGCCUGCAGAAGAGAAGAACCCAGUCCCAGAAUCUGAAAGGGCGCCUCUGAAAUCUGAGCUGAAGCAGCCUGGCUUUGAAAAGAUGUCUCCGGUGUUUGGGAGAAACUCCCCAGAACUUGAGAGGAAACGACCCUCCUCGCCAGAAAAGAAGUACCCUCCACCAGCAGAGUCAAAACCGUCCAUUUCGCUGGAAAGGAAAAAGAGCGUGCCUGAGCUAGCAAAGAUACCCGACUUUGAAAAGAAAGCGGCUCCUGGCUUAGAGAAGAUGACAGCAACACCUAAAGCAGCGUCGAAGCUACCGCGCAUGCCAGACCUGGCACCUAUCCCCCCAUUUCGACCAGAUCCCCGACCAGAGAAGCAAACACCUCUCAAGCCAGACACUUCCGUGCCGACUGAGACUAAGCAACAACCACCGCCUCCUGAGCCCAAGCUCGACCAAAAUCCGCCUCCUCAGCCGGACAUGAAGAAGGCUGAGACACCGAAAGGAACGUGGGAGAAGGCGCGCGAAGAAAUGAGAAAGAAGGAAGAAGACAGGAGGCUUAAAGAAGCGGAACAAAAGCGUCGCGAAACAGCUGCCAAGAAGCUGCUCGAACUGCGUGCCAAGGAAGCAAAGGAGCGGCAGGAGCGCGAGAAGGAGAAGCUUCAAAAGGAGACAGAACAGCAGGCAAGAGAAGAGGCGGAGAGGCAUGAGGCAGAGCGGAGGCGCAAACAAGAAGAACUGGAACUGGCUAGGCAACGAGAAAGGGAAGCGAGAGAAAGAGAAGCGAUAGAGAAAGAAGCCAAGGUGUUGGAAGCCAGGGAAAGGGAGGCGAAAGAGCGAGAGGCGAGGGAAAGGGAGGCGAGGGAAAGAGAACAGCAACGAAAGAGAGAAGCUGAAAUCAAAGCAGCAGCUGAAAAGAGAGCUGCAGCAGAAGCCAAGGCGGCUGCGGAGGCCAAAGCUGCGACAGAGGCCAAGAUUAUUGCUGAUGCCAGAGCCGCAGUCGAGGCGAGAGCUGCAGCUGAGGCCAAAGCCGCCGCAGAGGCCAAGGCAGCUGCUGAAGCAAAGGCUGCCAUGCCAGCAAGUCGAGUCGGCAGCACCGCCUAUGCAUACUCCAGCGUUGGCGAGAAGACGGCCAUGUGGCCCAACGGCCGACCUCCUGCACCCCCUCCUCCAUCGACCUCAUCCCCCUCCGUGGUCUCUUCGGCAACCUCUAGGAUGUCUGACGAAAGCGACCGAACAGAACGGACAGAACGAACAGAGAGGUCGGAGAGAUACGAGAGAUUCGACAGAGGUGAGAGCCCUACAAAGCGGCCACCUCCCGCUGCUGCCCCGUCUGAGGCUCCUUCGUCCGCUUCGAGGAGAUCAGACCCCUCGGCAAGACGAUCAAUGCCCACUCCGAAGUCAUAUGUUAGUAGCAACAGCAGCUAUGUAGAGUCGGAGACGUACUCUUACCGGCCAUACGACCAACCAAGCAAGCCACAACCGCAACAUCAGCAACACCAGCAACCACCACCAUACGAUCAGACACCACCUAACAAGCCGAGACAUAGGAAGUCGACAUCAUCUCUCACAGGAUCCGACGCAUCGUGGGCGGCCUCUCAGACAACAGCUCGAACGACACCACCGCCCUCGAUCCGAUCUCCCUACACGACUAAUGAUCCUGACAAGGUUGUGAUCCAAUCCGUGUAUCUCUUCAUGAACCAGUUCACAAAGACGCCAUCCAGCCAGCUCAUAUCAGGAGUUGGCACGGUGACAGACGGCUUGGUUCUUCGAAUCACAACCGAGGGACUCUUCAUUGACGACGACGUUCGCGGAGUCCCCCAGCGCGAGUGGGACGUCAAGGCCUGGACACUCAAACUUGUCGAGGUGUGGUGCCUGCCACACUGCUUGACUGCACCGCCGCCAUCAGCAGGAUCUACCGCUAGUAAAGGCUCCGGCUUCCUUCACAAAAUGGCUGGCAGAAGCCGCUCAGAUCGGGAUGGUCCCGCCGCUUUUACUGGUACUGAGGCUGAUCUGUAUCUAUCAGAGAUGCUUCACGCCUGUAGAGAGUGUUGUCGUCUCGGCCUCUGCGACCGUACGUUCAAGAACACCAACAUUCCAGCGUCGACGGGACAGACUGGGGAGUGGAAAUCCAAGGGCCUACAUGUCCUUCGGGCGACACUUCGCGACCAAGAAGCCAAAAGCUACCUCUUUAUUGUUGAGGAAACCGAGGGCUGGAAACUUGCGGUUGGACUACAACGGCUGAGACGCGGCACCCAAGUCCGCCAAUUAGGCGUUGCUAGUUUACCACCUUCCGAAGCUCGUGGCAUGCUGGAAACGUUGGGCUGGGUUGCGUAA